CACUGCCCAGGACCAUGGCUUUGCGUGCAGCUUGCAGAGGAGUUGUGCGUGGAGGUCUUGCUUUGCUUCCUCAGCGGGGAGUCCAUACCUCUCUGGACCCCGAAGUGAAAGCUUUCCUGGAGGCCAAUACUGAAGUCACCAAUAGCGGCAGUCUCACCCCCGAGAUCCAGCUGCGACUGCUGACACCCCGGUGCAAGUUUUGGUGGGAGAGGGCUGAGCAGUGGCCCCUCGGUGACCCCUACUGGGCCAUCUACUGGCCCGGAGGUCAAGCCUUGUCGAGAUACCUCCUGGACAAUCCUGAAGUGGUCAGGGGAAAGUCUGUGCUGGACCUGGGGAGUGGAUGUGGAGCCACGGCCAUUGCAGCUAAAAUGAGUGGGGCGUCCCGAGUCCUGGCCAAUGACAUAGACCCUGUUGCAGGAAUAGCUGUCACGCUGAAUUGUGAAUUGAACAGACUGGAGCCUGUCCCCAUUUUAACCCAAAACAUUCUGGAUCUGAAGCAAGAGCCCUGGGACUUGGUGGUGCUUGGAGACAUGUUUUAUGAUGAAGUUCUUGCCCACGGGCUGCAGCGGUGGCUGGAGAAUUGCUUCUGGGCCCAUGGGACUCACAUUCUGAUCGGUGACCCUGGGCGAGCCCAGUUCAGCGGGCCCAGCAUGCAGCGGCAAGUGCGCUGCUUGGCAGAAUACGCGCUCCCCGAGCCCACGAGGCAAGACAACAACGGGCUGACCACAAGCGCUGUAUGGAACUUCCAGCCUCAACCCUGACCCUUGAGAACAUGGCUCCAGCUUGAGGCUCAGGGACCCACCAGAUGUGCUGGCGACUGGGAUAUGCCUUCUGUACCCUGUGGGAAUGUAAUGGGGCAGUCCCCUUUCCUCCA